AUGCAAUUUCACUACAGUGCUGUGCUUUUGGCGGUUUUGGUGGUUCUUGGCGCUGAAGCGGCCAAACCGCCAACAAGAUUGCCAACAACUGCUGCUCCUAAGAAGCCUCUUCUCGUGCCAGACGAAGCCUUGAAGCCAACAUACGUGGUUCAGGUGAAGAUUUAUCCAAGCCAUCCGUCAAGCAGAGCUCCAACGCAUCAAUGCUCGGGCAGCAUUAUUGGCGCCAAAACUGUGCUGUCCACUGCCGACUGUCUUUCGCACGCUGGCAGACUUGUCGUGGUGGCAGCGGAUAAAGAGAGAACUGUGGCAACUGUGAAGGUCCAUCCGGGCUACAAUCCCACGACGCUGGAGAAGAAUCUCGCGCUGGCCGUUGUCGAGGAAGCCUUCGUCUUCACUGGCAAUGUGCAUCAAGUCUACCUGCCGGAGAAGUCUUGGAAAGUGCAGCAGUUCACACUGGCUCCACUCGCCGUUUGCACGCACGAGGAGCACUCUGCCAAGUCUACUUGCAAUGUCUUUACAGUGAUGGACCAGCGCUACUGUCAGGGUCAUAUUCCGCACCUGAAAUCCACUGAAAUCUGCACAAAUUCUGAGACUCAUUUGCCACUUUGUGGCAAAGAUUUGGGCUCUGGCCUGGUUUACUACGACAAGAAGCAUCACAAGACGUACGUCUACGCCGUGGCGUCGUACUCUGUCAACAAAUGCGCCGAGGGUCCGGCGACAUUCGUCAUUCUGCACGAUUUUGUGGACUGGAUCGAGACGCAGAGUGUGAAAUAA